AGUCCCAGUCUGGACUUUGGCAGUGGAGGUUCCUGUGCUCUCCGGUCGCUGGAAUCGGGAACCUCGCCCGCUUCGGUUCCUGGUCGCAGAGAAAGGUGCCCGCUUGGCCUCUCUCGCCCUCGCGAGCUCUUCAUCCGUUUAAGUUCCUAGACGCCGUUGCGUUUGCGGACCGAUCUCCGUUUUCAGAAGGGAGCCAUGUCCUCGGCCGCCAUGUCUAAAUACGUGAACGACAUGUGGCCCGGCUCUCCGCAGGAGAAAGCCUCGCCGUCCACCUCGGGCUCGGGCCGCUCCAGCCGCCUGUCGUCGCGCUCCCGCAGCCGCUCUUCGUCCCGCAGCUCCCGACGCGACUCCCGCAGCUCUAGCCGCUCGUCCUCGCGCAGCCACAGCCGGCCGCGGAGGAGCAGACGGUCCCGAUCCCGGUCCCGCAGGCGCCACCAGCGCAAGUACAGGCGCUACUCACGCUCGUACUCACGCAGCCGGUCGCGCUCCCGCAGCCACCGCUAUCACCGCGACAGCCGUUACGAGCGGCCGCGGAGGUACUACAAGUCGCCGUCGCCCUACCGCUCCCGGAGCAGGUCGCGCUCCCGCGGGAGGUCGCAGCACCGGUGGUCGUACUACGCGAUCACUAGAGGGCGGCGCUACUACGGCUUCGGCCGGACGGUGUACCCCGAGGAUCGCCCCAGGUGGAGGGAAAGAUCCAGAACCAGGUCGCGCAGCAGGAGUAGAACCCCAUUUCGCCUGAGUGAGAAAGAUCGAAUGGAGCUACUAGAAAUAGCAAAAGCCAACGCAGCAAAAGCUCUGGGAACAGCCAACUUCGACUUGCCAGCAAGUCUCCGAGCCAAGGAGGCAAGCCAGGGGACAGCUGUUUCCAGCAGUGGGCCAAAGGUGGAGCAUUCAGAAAAGCAGACUGAAGAUGCAACUAAAAAUACCAGUGAAAAGUCUUCUACACAAAGAAACAUAGCCUUCAGCUCCAAUAAUUCCGUAGCAAAGCCACUGCAGAAAACAACUAAAGCUGCUGUUGAAGAGAAGUCUUCAGGAUCACCAAAAAUAGAUAAGAAAAAAAGUCCUUACGGACUGUGGAUACCUGUCUAAAGGAAAACUAAGGGCUGGGGUUGCCAAAACUGCACUUUACUGAGGGGUUUGUGUCCAGCAUUAGAUCGUCUGCCUGAGUGAUCACAGCAGUAAAUGUGAUUAAAAUCCAUUACAGAAAGAGACUUAAUGGGGACGUUCAUGGUUGAGGUUUCUCUUGAAGAUAGGAGGACACAGAUGACCCAGAGAAUUGCAUACAGGUGGGAAUCUUGUAUAUAUCUGUAAGUAUUGUAUAGAAUUGCUUAUAUACAAAGGUGAAUUUUUUAAAGACACAGUUGUACACUGAAUUUUGUAUAUUUGUUAAUAAACUUUUUAUUAUUUGUCUU